AUGAUGCAAGCCGCUGAGAGCAUUCUGUGGGUGACGCAGGGAGGACUGAUGGCUGGAGAGGACCCCGAGGCUGCCCUAGUCAAUGGCUUUUUCCAGUGUCUCGAUAUUAAUCCCAACAUUCGGGCCGCCUCGAUGGACUUCGAGAAAAGCAACCCGCAGGACCGCGCCAUGGCGCGGGACAUCCUGCACCGCGAACGGAUGCUCCCAUCAGAGACUGACAAGCAGUUCCGCCAGCACCAGGGGAAAUGGGUCAUUCCUCGUCUCGUGCCGGAUCAGCGGCUGAACAACGAUUUCAAUCUAGUCAAUCAUCUUGAUCAGCGGCCCUCUAAGGUUCCGAUGAAGGACAUUGGGCCCGUCCGGAUUGGCACCACUGAUGCAGGCCGCCUGAGUGCGCUCGUCUUCCGACCACGAGUUUCCCUCUCGCUUGCCCCCUCCUGCCUUUAUCUCCGGACUUACAUUCGGCCGCAACAGGAGCUGAGUGCGUUGACGGGAGGCUAUGAUACCAACGACAUGAGCUCAGAAUUUGCCGGCUUCGUCACCCGCGUUGGAUCUGGUAUCCAUGAUCUCCAGGUCGGGGACCGGGUCUUUGGACUCUACGGGGGUAAGUUCGGCAAUACUCUUCGAGUGCCUGCUUUGGCCUGUCAAAAAGCACGCGACGACGAGUCCUUUGAGCUGCUGGCGACGUUGCCCUCGGCCUACUGUACUGCCCUUUAUGCCAUCGAGAUGGUAGGUCGCCUCCAGCCUAGCCAGAGCGUGCUCAUUCAGAGUGCCACGGGGGGGUACGGCACCGCUGCAAUCGCCAUAGCCCGUCUCCACCAGGCCGAUAUCUACGUGACGGCAGGCAGCGAGUCCAAACGACAGCUGCUACGGGACAUGGGCAUACCAGCAGAUCACAUCUUCGAUUCACGCGCCACGGGGACUUACCAAGAGCUUAAAGCAGCCACCGCAGGCCGUGGGUUUGAUUUGGUGCUCAACACGUCGUCAGGAGACUACUUGCGCAGUGUCUCGUUACCGCUAGUAGCGCCUAUGGGGCGGUUCAUCGAGCUCAAGAAAAACGACGUCUUGGAUAAGGGAACCAUCAAUCUGAAACACUUUAACGAGGGAGCCACCCUCGUCCCCGUGGACAUGCACUACGUAUGUCACCACCAGCCCCAGGUCCUCUUCCUCUUGAUGAAGGCGGUUGGGAAGCUGUAUCACUCUGGACAGAUCGCCCCCCUGCCCGUCCACAGCUAUCCUAUUUCGGACGUCAGCCAGGCAUACGCAGAAUUCUCACGCUUCCAGCACACGGGGAAGCUGGUCCUCUCGUAUGACCCCGACGAUGAGAUCCCAUAUCUCCAGGAACCCACUCCCGUCCGAUUCGACCCCAACGCCGCGAAUCUUAUUGUCGGUGGACUCCGCGGCAUCGGCAGCCACCUCAGUAAGUGGAUGGUCCGCCAGGGCGCAAAGCACCUCGUCUUCCUUGCCCGGUCGCCUACAGUCAACGGCCCCGAAGACGUCCAAGAGACUAUCUCUCAUCUGACAGAGAUGGGGGCCAUCAUCCAUACCGUCCAAGGCAGCGUCUGUGACUGCCAGGACGUCGAGCGCGCCUUCACUGUCUCGGAGCUUCCUAUCCGCGGCGUCGUCAAUUCAGCGCUCGUUCUCCGCAAUAUGGACUUCGCCCGUCUCACUCCUCAGGAUGUGCACGACACUUUCCGCCCCAAGCUCGAGGGCAACAAAAACCUCCACGCAAUGGCCCAGAAACUCGACCUCUCCCUUGAUUUCUUCAUCAUGCUCAGCUCCCUGACGAGCAUCUCGCACGCCGCCACGCAGGCCUCGUACUCAGCCGCCAACAGCUUUAUGGAUGAGUACGCGCGCCACCUGCGUCGCCGCGGGGUGCGCGCAACCAGCAUCCCGCUCGGUGUCAUUGGCGACGCCGGAUUCAUGUCGCGCCACCAACAGAACAUGAUGCACCUGAUGCGCAACGGACACUACGUCACCGUCAGGUCGGAAUUGAUGGAGCAGUUUGCCGUCGCCCUCUUCCGCCCUGAGCCUGUGGACGCCUGGGGCGUGGAAAAUCCCGUGGCGCUGGGCACAGAGCCAGCCAAGCUGCGCCAACUUGUCGACUCGGGGAAUGUGCCGGAGCCGCUCUGGGACCGUGAUAUGCGGUGGGGCAUUAUCGGAGUGCAUGCAAUGAGCCAGGGCAAUCUCAGCGGCGUGGGACCAGGCGGUGGGCCAUUAGCCACUAGAGCCAAGGAUUUGGUCAUUGAGCGCUUGGCCAAGUUGCUGUGGCUGCCCGUGGAGAAGCUCAAGCCGGAUACAAGUUUAGCAGCUUUGGGCAUCGACAGUAUGAUCGCCAGUGAGUUCCGGCACUGGAUGUACCAGACAUUCAAGAAGAAUGUUGGAAUGAUGGAUCUCCUGGCCUUGGAUAUGACGCCUGAGAAGUGA